AUGCACGUGCGCAGUGAGUCGCCGUGCGAAGCGCCACAAGAGGAAAUUCCGCUCCUUAUUGAGGACUUCAGCUGCGCCAACAGCUUUGAGGAGCACGUCAAGGCCAUUGAACAAUACCUGGCAGACUUGUUGGACCGAGAGCCUCUUCUGCAGUCUUUUCUUGUGACCCCUGCAUUAGCGGCGACGGGCGGCGACGUACCCGCGGACGAGAAGAAUGAAGCAGACAUUGAGAGUGGUGCCGCAGCUUCCGCCUCAUCACCGGUGUCGUCCACGACUGCCUCGUCGUCGCCCGCGCCUCUCUUGAUAGAUAACGACGCGGCCAGUCCUCCCACUGCAUCAAAAGUGUUUAGCAGGACUAUCCCCCUCUACGCGACGGCACCCCUAUCGCUUGACGGGGACUCGUCGAUUGUCGUGGAGGUGCACGUUCGCGACGCGGACCACCCCAUCACGCAGCAGUACUGCACUCCACUCUUCUUCCUCAUACGGAAGGUCAUGGUGAGCGCGUCGUACCGGGAGAGCGAAACCAGUUAUUUGCUGUCGCUACUCUCCACAGGAGUGCGGCAGGCGCUGCUUCAGCAAAAGAGCCGGGUCAAUGGUGGCGUCCUUCGGCUGUGCCCAGAGCCCAGCCGCGCUGCAGCACCUGGUUGCGCACCGCCUUCACAUCGGCAACCGGCCGCGACGGCGAGUCUCCUGCCCUCUCCCUUCUUCUACCCAGACGGAUGUGCGCCGUGCUUCGCCCCCGCUGGGGAUUCAUACAAGCAAACCUUUGUUGGUUUCGCUCCGCCGCUGCCGGCCUGUGCCGCGCUGCCACCAAUGCCAGCGUCGUCUCCGGCGAUCAGUGCCGCCGAGUGGACGCUCUUGCAUCAGCGCAGCUUCACCACACGGUUCCUUGCAGACGCCUUCGGCCGCAUUCCGGUGCACUGCCAGUCCCUCUCCGACUACAUCGACCUCUUCCAGCUGCACGUGGGGCAGCACAGUCGCAUCCGCAGCGACGAUUUCGACGGAAUCUGCGUGUCCCUGUGGAAGAAAUACGUCCUGCCGGUGCCGUGGAAGUUUCACCCAUAUGGACUGUCUUUGGACGACUCUCAGGCUACAGACAGCGAGGGUGCUCCGCUCUCCGCUGCGUCAUUCUCCCUCACCUGGGAGAACGUGCUGCGCCGCGAAAACGAGUACGCCAGGCUCCUGUGCGGCGGCUUCACCCACGACUUUGGUACCCCUGUCCCUCCGCUGAAGCACGUGCAGUUCCACUUCCAGUGGAACCAGCUGCACGAUAUCGAGACACACGAGGCUGCCGGACGGCCCAGUCACCUCGACCCUUUUCAGUAUGCACUCGCCAGAGCAGCACCCGGGACCCCCUCCCCUACCGCGCUAUUCUUCAGCAGCGUCACGGCGGCGCAGGCAGCACAGCGUAAGUGCUCCAUUACGGUCCAGGCGGUGGUGCGCGAUGACAAGGACAUCCAGCAUGGUGUGAGUGGGCACCUCGCAGAGGUAUUGGCGAAGGGCUAUCUGGAGUCUCUCACGAGCGCAACCGCGGUGCGCAGAACGUCUGCACACGACGCUAACAAUGGUCGUGGUGGGCGAGGUGCUGUCACCCAUGAAGCGCAGCAGCCCGAAGACGGAGCCAAUGACGGCGACGGAACCGCCGAGGAAAGCGAACGUGAUACGGACGAGCGUAGAGGCGGCCGCUGCAGCGAGGCGGAGCUGCGCGACAUGGCGGCCCGUAUUCUGGAGUGGCCAGGUGCCACAGUGACUCUGCAAGAGUCCCUCAUCCAGCUCUUUGCCGCGCCCCUAGCAUCGGAAGACGACGAUGACGCAAGUGCGUACGGAGACGGCGACCCCGGCGCUCGACAGCCUGCGGAGGCCACUCUCGAGGCCCUGAGUAGCAAGCGAGGUGAAGCAGUGGUGGCGCGUCACCUGCGCAGUCUCUGGGGAGAGUGGGAGGCACACCAGCAAUCCUGCUCCAGCGAGGCGAGCGCGCUGCACAGGCAACGACGCGAAGGUGGCGCAGAACAUCAGACGGACCUGCGCCGCAGUUACUUCCCCGACUCCUUUUUCGCCCGCUUCGCCUUCGUCUGUGUGACGCAGGCGCUGCCCCCGACAGAUGUGCGGACGCUCUGGCGACGGUGCCUCGAUUCCCUUCAUCGGCUUUUGUCAGAUGCCCCGCAUGGGCAGGAGGAGAAAAGCUGGCAGCGCCUUUUGAACUGUCUGGCCAUGCCUCCAGAGGACCCGCCCGUCGACCUUCGUCGACCACUGCUUAUGCAGAAGCUGCAGCUGCUGCGCUAUGCGCAAGAGGCACUCCUGCGCCCAUCGGGGGACAACAGUUCGCCGACUGCGCCCACGAUGAACACAAAAGCGGAAGAGGAUAGGCCCGAUACCUCGCUGGCCACGAGGCCUGCCCGACAUCUCAUAACGAAUGGUGAGGUGCUGUGCGUCCCUCCACCCCUGCCGCAACCGCCGACCACGACGGACGAGGUGAUGCAACGCGCAAUAGAGCUCAACUCCCUCGACGCAGCUGCCGUGGAGAGCGCCAGUAUUGAGUGGCUGCAGACGGACGCGCUAUACAACGACAUGUGUCUUUUUCUGCACGUCAACAAGGCGCACGAGGGCCGCAUCGUGCGCUUUCCCGACUUUGUGCAGUGGCACAGUCCUCGCGACUUCGUCGCUUCGGCCGGGGCGGAAUCGCCUACCUCGCCGUCACUCGAAUCAUCGUCACCGUCUCUCAGCGACAACUACUACCUGUCAGAGCGCAUGCAACACCAGCAGGGAGAAGGGGAAAUCAGUGAUGGUAAGGGCUCGGCGCAUGUGUGGUGGUCUCUGUGGCGUCGGGCGGUCCCUCGCUCUCGCGAUGACAUCAUCCAGGGCCUCUUUCAACCACUCGAGCAAGCCACCAAGGUGCUUACCUGGCUCGCUGCCAUACCAACAGUGGAGUUGCUGCUAGAGGUGAGCAACGCCUCUAUCGCCAACGCGCUGCACCGUAUGCUGUGUCACCGCUGUGUUCUCGGAGACGACGGAGCCCAUCGACCCAAUGGACGCGGCCGCCCUCGCGACAAGGCCGAGUGGAGCUCACCAAAGUCAUCCUCUACCCCAGAGGCACCAAAUCACGCCAUUCCGGCCACCCCGCGCAUCCGCGCUCUCCACCGAUACGUUCGAGACAAGUGCACAGCCCUCACCAAAGACGUGGAGGCAGCGUCGGCCCUCUUCCUCAGUAGUCGUGGCGCCUUCAGCGAAGGUGCUGCAGCGCAACAGUCAACAGCUGGGUCGGAGGCCAUGAUCACCGAGGUUCUUCGCGGGCUCUUUGCCAAUGCCCUUCACCACCUCGGCGAGAUCGAGGUCAGCGUGUGCACUGCGGUGGGACUUCAGUACCUCUUGGGUUUUUCGACAGAUCCGGAGGUGACUUCCACCGUACACGCCCUUAGCUCCCCUGCUGCGGAAUCCCAGCAGCAUCAGGCAACCAGUCUGCAGAUGCGCGCCGUCACGGUGAGCAUGGCGACGUGGUCGACAGCCUUCGCGAAGCAGUUCGUGCGGGCAGAAACGCGUGAGGUGCAAGAGAGCAUGGUGCGUCUGACGUGCAUGGCAGAGCGCCCGCUUGACACGUGUGCCUGCUUCCAGCAGCUGGUGGUGCACCAAGACACCUCGCGGUCUCUCCGCCUAGCCCUUGCACUGACGGAGGAAGUGCUGUAG